AUGAAACGUGUUAUUGAUUUCGCUAAGAUAGUGUGUUCAAAAACAAACUCAAAAUCAUAUUGCUUAAUACCUAAAUUCAAUAUCAUCCACUAGGUUUUUGGUAGUAUAUGUAUUCCUAUGGUUUUAGGUGUAGCAAUCCUCUUAAUUGUAUAAUAUUAAUAUACUUAAAUGGUUAUUGAAAACUGGAAAUCAUUGAGUGAAGAUUCUAUCAUGGUUUUUGAAAAACAGAAAUUAUAUAAUUAUGUAUCUGCUAACAAGGCUAUUGCUGAUAUUUAGUUUUAAGAUAUAUCUUCAGAUAUAUAUGUGCUCUCUAAAUUUUAUAAUAAAGUUUAAUCAGGCUAAGUAAAAAGUAACCCAAAUUCCUUGUAUUAAAAAUGUUCUAUGAGAGAUUUUCAAACCAGUAAUUUAGAAUGCCCUCAGCACAUUCAAAAAGAAUAUUCACUUAACAGAAAUUAUGUAGAUUUAUGGUUUCACAGGACAGCACAUAUAGAAAGUUAAUUAAAUCCUAUUGAAAAGAAUCUUCUAUAAACUAAUUUGGUUUUUAUCACGCUAGCUAAAGGAUUUUAUUCUGUAAGGAAAAAUUCUUUAUUAGAUGAACAGUGGAUUUAUAAUACCUUUAAUAAUUCUUUGAUGAUUGGAUCUCCUGCUAGUACAAUUUCUUUAGACUUUUAUUAUUAAGACUGUAUGUAAGGUAAAUAUUAAGAACCUUACGAUCCCAGAUGUAGACCUUGGUAUAAGUAAGCGAUGCAAAACGAAGGUAUUUAAUUUGAACAACCUUAUGUUUAUGCUUUCGAUAACUCAAUAGGCAUGACUUCUUCUAGUAAAAUUCUAGAUGGGAAUAAUUAAAUUUAAUCGGUUAUUAGUAUUGAUUUUGGAAUCACUAAUUUAGUUAAUGAUGUAUUCUCAUUAUAAGAUUAAAAUGAUCCAUCUAGUAUUUACGAAGCCUAUUCAGUUUUUUUUCACAAAUAAAAUAGGACAAUUUUUUAUCACAGGUACUGGAAUAGAUCAAGCGGAGAUUUGUAUAAUUGGGCAGACUUAGAAUAUAAUGAAACAUCAGGAUAUCCAAAGAGUGAGUCAAUAGACUUUUCAGAUUAGCUUACAAAAGCAAUUCUUUAAUCAAAUUCAGUAGAUAACUUUUACAAUUUUAACUAAAUUUAAAAUAGCAGUCUUUUUUUGAAUUUUGCAAAGAAUGAUAGAAACUAUACUGCCUUGGUAUAUCCAGUUGAAGCUUAUUCUGUAAAUUAAAAAUUGUAAAUUGAAAUGAUUUAAGUGAUGUUUAUAGCAAGAGUCCAAAGAAAUAUUGUUGAUUUAAUAUUACAAGAUAUUUUAAAAUACAAUAAAUUAUUGGAGGCUUUAGCAAUAGUCGAAAUAUGCUUUGUUAGCAUAAUAUUGAUCAUAAGCUUAUGUCAUUUUACAGCUGUCUUAAUGCAUUAAAUUGCAACUCCGCUUGAUUAACUAACAAAUUUCUUGAAGCAUAGUAGCCUCCUUAUUAAGCAACAUAAGACUAAUGAAAUUGUAUAAAUAAAUAAUUAGCUUUAAAUUCAUUAAAAACAACCACAAAUCAACUAAAGCCUAGCUUUUUCAACUUAAUUAAGAUUUCAUUAAUAAACCAUUUUUUCUUAAUAAUUAAGAGAUAGUUUUGCUUCUAAUCAAGCUUUAAAUUGUUUUCCUGAAUAUUGUAAGAAUAAAUAUUUAACUAUACCUUAAUAAAUUAAAGAUAAAUCAUAGUUUAAAUAUAAUUCACCUUCUCCAAAUUUUUAACCCUUCACACUAAUUACUAGGCGAUUCUCUAAUACUGAUUUUAAAAUGGAUAAUUAACUUUAUUCAUUACCAACAAAGAAUCUAGAUAACGAUAAAGCUUUUUCUCCUAAAAAAAAAGAAACUCAAUUUGCUUAAAAGUAGAGGAGAUUAACAGAAAACUAAUAAUAAAACAGCAAUAGAAAUAAAGAAACCUAAUUAGAAUCUAGCAUUAAGCUUAUUGAUUAUUAUAAUUGUUAAAAAAUGGGAGAUAUUUCAUAACUGAAGAGUUAAUUCAAAGAAUUUUCUGUGAUUAAAAAGACAUUUAAAAUUUUAGCAAAUAUAAUUUAAUUUUAAAGGGAAGGCUUCUAUGCUUCAGAUAAUACCGAAAGUUUAUUAAAAUUUACGAAAGCAUAUAAAAUAUUCAAUAAAAUAUAAAAUUAAUAAGCUUUAGCCUUAUGCCUAUAUAAUAUUGGAAAAUUGCAUUCUGAAAGUAGAAGAUACAACGAAGCGACAGAAUCUUAUUAAUUAUCUUAAUAAAUCUGUCUUUAGCAACUUGGUUAUAACGAUGUCGUUUCCUUUCAAAGAGCCUUACAAUAAGGCAAUAUUAAUAAUGAUUAAUUUUAUUUGAACCUCUUAAAAAAUACUUGCUAAAACUUUGGUUUAUUACUUAAAUAACAAGUUUAAGAUAGCAUAAUAUCAUAAUAAUCCAUUAAUAGUGUUAAAAGAUCAGCAAAAAAAAAUAUUUAAACUUUUGAUCCUAAUCAAACAAUCUAAGACUAUGAUUAUUCUAAUUUGCAAAAAGAAUUUAUAAAAAUAGCAUCGCUUUCUUUGAAGCUUUUGUAACUAACAAUAGAUUUAGAAAAUAAAUCAAAUCCAAUAAAUAAAUUUAAUUUAUAAUUAACUUAAACUGAUAUAGCUGAAUUGCUAGUUUAUUUAGGAGAUGUUAGUUAAUCCCUCAUCAAAAUAAAUUAAGUACAGGAUUAGUUGUAUUAUGAAAACAAUUAAGCUUCAUGUAAUGAAGAAAUAUAAAUUUAAUUGCAAUUUAAAAAAGAGAAUAAAAUUUAUUCUCAGCAAUUAAACCAGCUUGAAACAAAUUUUCUCUUUAUAAGAGGAAUUAUAUAAAUGAAGAGAAGACAAUAUUUUCAAGCUGCUAAUUUAUUUACAGAUAUGAUUGAAAAUUCUAUUUCAUGCGAUCCUUAAAAAAAAUUAUUAGCCCUCUCAAUGAUUCAUAUUUGCUUUUUUAAUGCUUAGUUAAAUACAAAGAGCAUUUUAAAAUUUUUGCUUAAAGAGCAACAUAUUUAUUUUGACAGCUUACUACAAUCAGCUUUAUUAAAUAGAUUUUAAUUACCUCCAUUAAAUUCUAGUGCUUAAGAUAAAUAAGAACUAUGCUAGAUUGAGUAAACAUCGUUUGAUGUUUCUCUAAUAUUUUAAACUCCUUCUUUCUAGUCUUAAAUAUAAAAAGAGUUUGAGAAUUAUCAAUUAAACUUUCUUGAUUGGCUGAUCAAGUUUUUUUUGCAACCUUAAAAAGAUAGGUUAUCAAUUUUAAAUUGUUAUGAGGAAGAUCAAGAACCAUUUUCAAGCUAAAUAGAUACAAUUUAACAUUUAAGUGUCUUUUAUGGAGAUAAGACAUUAAAAAUUAUAGCACAAGAAUAUUAAAGGUUGUAUAAAGAAUUUUAAAGUAAAUUUAAAAGAGCAGGACUCACUUAAUAAUAUAUUUUUCAAAUUAGUAGUUGA